AUGCCGGCCGCCCUCCGUGCCGCUGGUGCCGCCAAGGCCGCCCUGCGACCUGCCAUGGCCGCGCGAGUCGUCUCACCCGCCCGCCCCUUCACCACCGUCGGCGCCUACCGCCUCGCUGCCGUCAAGCCCUUCCACAAGGACGAGCCUGCGGGGCCGAUCCUCAAGACGAAGUCGUUGCCUGGGCCGGAAAGCACGAGGCACAUCAAGGAGCUGACCGAAUCUUUCGAGACGCGGAGCUUGAACAUGAUGGUCGACUACACCAAGAGCGUCGGCAACUACAUUGCUGACCCGGAUGGCAACAUGCUCUUAGACGUCUACGCCCAGAUCGCCUCGAUCCCCGUCGGCUACAACAAUCCCGAGCUGGCAAAGGUGGCCAAGUCCCCCGAGAUGGUCGACGCCAUCAUCAACCGCCCUGCCCUCGGCAACUUCCCCUCUCACACCUGGGCUUCCAUCCUGAAGACCGGUAUCCUCAAGUAUGCCCCCAAGGGCUUCGACAACGUCUACACCGCCAUGGCCGGCUCCGACGCCAACGAGAUUGCCUUCAAGGCCGCCUUCAUGUACCGUCGACAGCUCGAGCGAGGCGGCCCUGAUGUCGACUUCACCCCCGAGGAGAUCGAAUCCGCCAUGCGCAACGAGGCUCCCGGGUCCCCCAACCUCUCCAUCCUCUCCUUCAAGGGCAGCUUCCACGGUCGGCUCUUCGGCACCCUCUCCUGCACCCGUUCCAAGCCCAUCCACAAGAUCGACAUCCCCGCCUUCGACUGGCCUCAGGCUACCUUCCCCCAGCUCAAGUACCCCCUCGAACAGCACGCCGAGGAGAAUGCCAAGGCUGAGCAGGCCAGCAUCGACGAGGUCGAGCAACUCAUCAAGACCUGGCGCGUGCCUCCCGCCGCCGUCAUCGUCGAGCCCAUCCAGAGCGAGGGUGGUGACAAUCACGCGAGCCCGGCCUUCUUCCAGAAGCUCCGCGAGGUCACCCGCAAGCACGACGUUCUCCUCAUCGCCGACGAGGUCCAGACCGGCAUCGGCGCCACCGGCAAAUUCUGGGCCCACGAGCACUGGAACCUGCAAGACCCUCCCGACAUGGUCACCUUCUCCAAGAAGGCCCAAACGGCCGGCUACUACUACCGCACCAAGGCCCUGCGGCCCAACAAACCCUAUCGUCAGUUCAACACCUGGAUGGGCGACCCUGCCAAGGCCCUGCUCUUCCGCGGCAUCUGCAACGAGAUCGACCGGCACGACCUCGUCAACCACACGGCCAAGGUCGGCAACUACCUCUUCACCAAGCUCGAGGGUCUCGCCCAGAAGUAUCCUGAGCACUUCAAGAACCUGCGAGGCAAGGGGCAGGGCACCUUUAUUGCCUUCGACAACCCCAAGCGUGACGAGUUCCUCGCCAAGGCCAAGUCCUUCGGCGUCAACAUUGGUGGCAGCGGCACCACCGCCGUGCGCCUGCGUCCUAUGUUGACCUUCCAGCAGCAUCAUGCUGACAUACUGAUCGACGCCAUGGAGAAGAUUGUCAAGGCGCUGUAG